AUGGAUCCCCCGGGAGAUGAUAUCCCGCCAGCCACCAACAGAGGAGACGGGGAAACAGAACCGCCGGCCCUAAAUUUGUUUCCCCCAGGCAGUGAAGAAGGAGAAACCAGUGAUCCUCAGGCGAUAAGACAGACGUCACCUCCAAUUACCGGAGCGCCGAAUGAAGAGCCAAUCAGCAGCCAGGCGAUGUUCAAAGCUUUCCUGGAGAUCACCAGUUUACUCAAAGACAUCAAACAGACAGUAUCGCUGCAAUCGCAAGAGCCCAAAUCAACAAAAUUAUCCGCAGAAAAGUCGACGUCAUCCUUAGAUAAGGGAAAGGAACCGCUCGGACUAGAAAAGACGCCGGACAACUCUGCCCAGAGACAAAACGCCCCCAUAACAAUCCCGGACGAGGAACGGUGGAUGGAAGAACAACAUGCUCCCAAGGAAAGAGAAGAACGUCUGGAGGAAAAAGUACGUCAGGUCAUGAGCAGGCUCGGGAUAAGAUGUGAAGACGUAGAUAUCUCCCUUCGGAGUGAUUCACCCCUUGCAGAUUUCAUUAUCUCUCACGAGUUCCCUGCUAAAUUCAAGUAUCCUCCAAAUUUGGAAUCUUAUGAUGGGACCGGUUGCCCCAAGAGUCAUGUGCAUAAAUUCCAAGCAGUAAUCAAUGUUCAGACAAACCUGGAUCAUGUAUUGUGCAAACUUUUUCCCACUACCCUGAAAGGUCUGGCACAGGAAUGGUACCAAAGCUUGAAGCCGGGCUCGAUACAAACAUUCAAGCAAUUCUCAGGGUUAUUUCAGGCCAGAUUCGUAGCAUGCAUCCCUCAAAAGAAGUUGUCCACGGACCUGCUAGCCAUCAUGCAAAGAGACGGAGAGACACUCAGGAAAUAUAUAGAAAGGUUCAACAAGGAGGCGAUGCAGAUAGAAGAACUAAGUCAGGAGAUCGCCUAUACAGCAUUGCUCAACGGGACCACUAAUUCAGACCUGAGAAAAGAGUUGCUGGCUAAAUCACCAAAAUCGUUUACUACGUUGAUGAUCAUCGCACAUACACAAAUCCGAGUGGAUGACGGACAGAGAGAGAUAAAGAACCGGCACGGACGGACAGAAGAACGAACAUUCUCAGAAAGAAGAAAUGGGGAUAGAUCGCCCAUAGGAAAAAGGUUCGGGGAAAAAGGUAGCGACCGUUUCAGAAAUAAGAGAAAAACGGACGAGGACAGGCGAUACACCCCCCUGAACACAACCAGAACCAAUGUAUUAUUUUGGGUAAAAGACAACCGGGAGAAGGUCAGGUGGCCAAGAAAAAUGAAUACCUCAUCAGCCAACAAGAGGGACAACAACAAAUACUGUGAAUUCCACAGAGAUAACGGUCACACCACCGAUGAAUGCUGGCACCUGAAGGAAGAAAUAGAGAAAUUAAUAGAAAGAGGCUCCCUUUCCCAAUUCGUGAAAAGGGGCGCUGAAACCAGGGAAAUGGAAGCAGAAAGAAAAGAAGAGACCACCAGAAGACCUAGGCCGGACCCAGCAGGCGUGGUCAACGUAAUAAUGGGCGGAUCAACCGGAGGAGACAGCAACACCACAAGAAAGAAAGCGGCUAGGACGGUCUAUUCUGUCAGCCUAAGUGCACCAGAAACAAAGAAGUUUGAAGCAUAUCUUUUUCAGAAGGUGAUAGCCAUGGCUUAUCACUCCCCCACGAAGACGCCCUGGUUGUCAAGGGGCGACUAA